UACGGGUCGGUGUGGCGGGCCGGCCCCGCUCGUUCCCGCGCCGCAGAGCGGAGGAAGCCUCGGUCCCGCAGCCGCCGAGGGUGGGGGUGUCCGGGGAGAGACGGGCCGCAGCGGGAGGCGGCGAGGGUCCAGCCUGUGGCGGGCGGGGGGCGCCACGCCCCCGGCAAGACCUCGGCUUCGAGCCAGGUGGCUUCAGGCAGCCCUCAGGAGUCGGGUAAUAGCCAGAACUCUGGAACAAUGUCGCAGCAGCUCCUGUACCGUGCUCUGGUGUCUGCAAAAUGGCUUUCAGAAGCCAUCAAGUCCAAGCAAGCUGGUCUGGCCUUGAGAAUCGUGGAUGCAUCCUGGUAUCUGCCCAAAAUGAAGCGCGACCCAAAGCGGGAGUUUGAGGAGCGCCAUAUCCCUGGUGCGGUGUUCUUCGACAUCGACCAGUGCAGCGACCGCACUUCUCCCUACGAUCACAUGCUGCCCAAGGCAGAGGACUUUGCUGAGUACGUGGGGAAGCUGGGCGUGGGCAAUGACUCCCACGUUGUGGUGUAUGAUGGCAGCGACCAAGGCCUCUUCUCAGCGCCCCGGGUGUGGUGGAUGUUCCGGGCCUUUGGACAUGAAGCUGUCUCCCUUCUGGAUGGUGGCCUGAAGAACUGGCAGCGAGAGGGGCAUGCUCUGACCUCUGGAAAAAGCCAGGUGGCUCCUGCCGAGUUCCAUGCUUCCUUGGACAAGUCCAUGGUGAAAACAUACGAGGACGUCAUAGAGAACUUGGAUUCCCACCGCUUCCAGCUAGUAGAUGCACGUGCUGCAGGACGCUUCCGGGGAGUAGAGCCAGAGCCCCGAGAUGGAAUUGAGCCUGGUCAUGUCCCUGGGUCAACGAACAUUCCCUUCACCGAUUUCCUCACAGAGUCUGGCUUAGAGAAGACCCCUGAGCAGAUCCGCAGUCUGUUCCAGGAGAAGAAGGUGGACCUCUCAAAGCCUGUGGUAGCCACGUGUGGCUCUGGAGUCACUGCCUGCCAUGUGGCACUGGGGGCUUACCUCUGUGGCAAAGCAGACGUUGCUGUGUAUGAUGGGGCCUGGGUGGAAUGGUACAUGCGGGCACAGCCUGAAAACAUCAUUUCUGAGGGAAAGGGGAAGACUGUGUAGUGAGAGGCUUUGUGCUUUAUCUUCCAGCUGUGCAAAUAAUUUGCCUUGAAAUGGGAUUUGGAAAAGAUGGGUUUAGCAUUCUUGGUUAUGUGUCUGGAGGUGAAAGUAUUGGGUGACGUGUGGGGACGUGGUGCUUUGGCACUUCAUUCUUAGCCUGCUGCUGCUUAGGAGCAUAAAGAUAACCUGGGCAGACAGUUGUAGGUAACCUUGCCAGAACAGGUAGGAUGGACCAGGUGAAGUUGCUUCCAGCUUCAGCUUUUCUGUGAUCGUGUCCACUGAAUUGGGUGGAAGAGAGAGGAUGCUGGUGGUACCAUGGAGAAGCAACUGAGUCAAGCCAAGGUUGUGACUUGGGAUAUUCCACCAUGUUCACUCACAGGACGAUCAAAUUUAACUGCCUUGUGAUCCUGCUCUCUGCCUCUAUCCUAAAAGCCAUCCAUGCACUUUAUGGCCAUUUUGAGUGCAGACUUUGGAGAAAGACACAGCUAUGAAAGGAGCAAAUAUGGCUUCAAGGUUGGCACUUAGGUUUGAGAGUUUGGUUUCCUUCUUGCACUCGGAUUCUUAACUGCAAUGUGUACUUAGCCAGUUUUGUACUCCCAUGAUCCAAAUUUCCCCUUGGGGUUAAAAAGAAAAUAGUCUGGAUUUAAAAUUAGGUAAAUAAAUGUACUUCAAGGUCCUCUUGCUGAAUAGAACUUACGUGCAUUUUGAUUGGGUGCUUGCUUUUAAGGAGCUCUAUUUGUAUGGGAUCACUUUGUCUUGAUUAAAAUGAAAUGAUGCCUUCUC